CUCACAGCCAAACCCCAGUUCGGAUAAAGUGAUAAAUCCCAGCCAUCUCCUCAACCCUCCACUGCAAAAACUACAAUGCCAUCCUCAUCUUUUCUCUAAAACCCUAAGUUUUUCUCCCAAAAUGGCUGCAAUUUCCUCGCUCUUCUCACAAACCCUCCUCCACCAUCCCACUAAAACCCUAACCCUUCACUCAAAACCUUCAAUUCAACCGCUAAAACCCUUCCAUUUCCUCAAUUCAGUCACGUUCAAAGCCAUAAAACCCAAACGACCCAUCGCCGUCUCCGCCGUCACCGCAGAAGCGCCGGUCGCCACAUCCGAUGUUGCCGCGAGGAGACUAUACGUGGGGAACAUUCCCCGGACUCUCGACAGUGCGGAGCUUGCAAGGAUCGUCGAAGAACACGGCGCCGUCGAGAAAGCAGAGGUGAUGUAUGAUAAGUACUCUGGAAGGAGUCGCCGAUUUGCUUUUGUUACAAUGAAGACUGUUGAGGAUGCAAAUGCAGCAAUUGAGAAGCUGAAUGGCACUGAAAUUGGAGGACGGGAGAUCAAAGUAAAUAUAACAGAAAAACCUUUGCUGACUCUGGAUAUGUCACUUCUCCAGGCAGAGGAAUCCCAGUUCAUUGACAGUCCCCACAAAGUUUAUGUGGGUAACCUUGCCAGGACAGUAACCACAGAUACGCUCACCCAAUUUUUCUCCGAGAAGGGAGGAAAGGUGCUUAGCGCAAAGGUUUCUCGGGUUCCAGGAACCUCAAAAUCCAGUGGGUUUGGUUUUGUUUCGUUCUCGUCUGAAGAAGAUGUUGAAGCUGCUAUAUCAUCUUGCAACAAUGCUUUCUUGGAUGGGCAACGAAUUCGUGUAAACAAAGCAUAAGGAUAGAGGGCAGCUGCUUCUGGGCUUGGAGAGUAAUGUACUCUGUAUCGAUUUUAUUGAAGAUUUGUAAGAUAUUUUCCAUGAAGAAUGAAAAGAAAAAUGAAAAUUUUCAGAGCACA